AUGCUGGAAUCCGAACAAUUUCGCGAGGUGUUGAACACCGAUAUUAGAAGCCCUAUUCCUGAGGCCGUGGUCUCAAAAAUCACUUCUCUGCCACCGUUUAUUCCCAUACAAGGAGUGUCCAACUUUCGCGACUUGAGCCACGAUGGCAAUAAAUUGCGCGCGGGAUACGUGUAUCGCUCCGGGAAUCUGUCGGAUAUCAUGGACUCCGGGAAAUCAAUCAUCACAACCGAGUUAGGGAUAACCACCGUCUUUGAUCUUCGGAAUGAAGCCGAAAGACAGAAAGCUCCUCCCCCGUCAAUCCCGGGAGUCGAUACGAUAUGGAUGCCAUAUGGAGCCCGACCGGCGACAUUAAAUCUCAGAGACUUUGCAGGCGAGGACAAAGGCGCUGCUGGGUUCGUGAAGAUGUACUCGGGGAUUCUCGAGGCUGCCAAGCCGUGCUUCACUGAAGUAUUCACCCAUAUCAGAGAUAGCCCGGAUGAUCCAUUCAUCUUCCAUUGUUCUGCCGGCAAAGACCGAACAGGAGUAUUGGCCGCUCUGAUACUUCUUCUCAUUGACCGACCCCGAGAUGAAAUUAUCAAUGAUUAUAUAUUGACUCGCGUCGGCCUGGAGAGCGCCCGUGAGAACCUCAUGGAGGCUUUCGCCAUGAAUAUGGAAACUGAAGAAGUCGACAUCAGCCAAUUAAGUCCCGAGGCCCUGGGUAUGCUGGAAUUGUGUGGCGUCCGUGCGACGGCUAUGGCGGAGUUCUUGAAGUACUUUGCAAGUGCCUUUGAGAAUGGGAUUGAAGGCUAUUUGACCGAUGGGCUUGGAUUCUCGCCAACGCAUGUCGAGAUUAUGCGCAAGAACCUGCUUUAG